GGCCGCACCCGCCGACCCGCCCGCUUGCUGCAUCCCGCAGCCCGCAGCCUGCCGCUGCCGCUGCCACCGCCGCGGCCACCAGGUUGUGCUUCAGACUGUCAGAUAAAGCGGCGGGCCGGGCCGGCGGGGCAGCGAGCACGGCCCGGGCCGGACAUGGCGGCGCUCUACGCCUGCACCAAGUGCCACCAGCGCUUCCCCUUCGAGGCGCUGUCUCAGGGGCAGCAGCUGUGCAAGGAAUGUCGAAUUGCACACCCUGUUGUGAAGUGCACCUACUGUAGGACUGAGUACCAGCAGGAGAGUAAAACCAAUACAAUAUGCAAGAAAUGUGCUCAGAAUGUACAGUUGUAUGGAACGCCCAAACCUUGUCAGUAUUGCAAUAUAAUUGCAGCAUUUAUUGGCAACAAAUGCCAGCGCUGCACAAAUUCAGAGAAGAAGUAUGGACCACCAUAUUCUUGUGAACAGUGCAAGCAGCAGUGUGCAUUUGACAGGAAAGAUGACAGAAAGAAGGUAGAUGGGAAAUUGCUGUGCUGGCUGUGCACACUUUCAUACAAACGGGUCCUUCAGAAGACCAAAGAGCAUAGGAAGCACCUGAGCAGCUCUUCCCGUACCAGCCACCAGGAGAAGGAGCAGUACAGUCGACUGAGUGGUGGCAGCCAUUAUAACAGCCAGAAAACACUUUCUACGUCUUCGAUUCAAAAUGAAAUUCCAAAGAAAAAAUCCAAGUUUGAGUCAGUCACAACCAAUGGAGACAGCAAUGCUUCCUCUUACGAGCUGCUUUGUCCUAAUACCCGGAGUGUCCCGUCCAUGUUGGUGCAGUGGAUUGCUUCCCAACAGAGUCUUGGGGCCAACCAUUUUUUUGUUCCUCCAGGGACCAGCAUCCUGAACUUUUCCCCAGAUCUAGCUCUGGACUCACCAGGCACUGACCACUUUGUCAUCAUUGCCCAACUGAAGGAAGAAGUAGCCACUCUGAAGAAGAUGCUGCAUCAAAAGGAUCAAAUGAUUUUAGAGAAAGAGAAGAAGAUCACAGAGUUGAAGGCUGAUUUUCAGUACCAAGAAUCUCAGAUGAGAGCCAAAAUGAACCAAAUGGAGAAAACCCACAAAGAAGUCACAGAACAAUUGCAGGCCAAAAACAGAGAGCUCCUGAAGCAAGCAGCUGCCUUGUCUAAGAGCAAGAAAUCUGAGAAAACAGGAGCUAUCACCUCUCCGUGAGAGACCACAAGGAGGCUCCGUGCAACAGCUAAUGGAUUCCUGGGUUAGGGUUGGCGACUUGGCUGGUCCCUGGGAAGUGCAAGCUUUCUUAAGAAAUUUCUAUUUUAUUACAGUUAUCCUUGUGUGAUUGCAGUGGGCUGAAUGGAAACACCUGGUUCGUGCUGUGUUAUGACUGCAUGCUUGAAUGUUAGGGGUUUUAAGCUCUCUCGCUCUCUCACACUGCCAAUCCUCUCUCCCCUUUCCCCUACCUUUACUUAGUACUACUAGCUUUGUCUCUCUCUUGGUACUCUAUUUUCUUCUUCUCUCUCUCUUUUUUUUUUUCUGUGGUGGUCACUGCUCAGUGUUAUGUGCAGAAUGAUUUUUUUUUUUUGUCCAUCAUUGCAUCCUGCCAUACCCAUGAGCAAAUAGUUCGGCAUUAAUUCCAUAUCACUGCCACCCUUUGAACUUUGAAAACUGCCACGUUAAGACUUGGUACAAUGGAUGAGGCUUUCUCUCUCCAAUAAACCUUUUGCUUCAGGGUAUACUCUUGGGUUUUUUUCCAGGUAUAUUAUGUAUGAACUUUGUACUAUGUAUAGCCAGAGUUUUAUUUAUUUUUUAAAAAAAGAAACUUUCUUGAUAAAGGAAUAAUGGUAGCCUAGCUUGUUCUUGUAAAAGUGAUGCCUCUUUAACAACAACAAAAAAAAGUCCUAUUCUCACUUUUAGUAAAAGAAUCAAUUUUCUUUCUUGUUACCUUGGUAGUAAGGUAAAAGAAUCAAUUUUCUCAUGUUACCUUGGAGUCUUAAAAACUGAUUGUUAAGGUGAAACAAUUCAAUGUGUAAGUAUGGAGUAAAGUGCCUUUUGGAGGGUUUCUUGGAAGAGCAUUUAAGAAGAUACUUAAGGGAGGUAGCAAAGACUUGAGCAGUCUGUCUUUAUAAGUAAGGGCAGAAAAAAAGGUUGUCCAGGUUGUACUGGACGCUUUCCUCCCCUCCCCUUUCCUGAUGGUUUUAUGUGACUAAUUUUAAAUUCUCACACUGCCACUUUUUUAAAAAAAAAUACCCUUUACUUGCUUAUAUCAGUUGUCAUACUGGGCCAUUGUCAGAGAACUUUUUUUAUUUUUUACAUGAGCAGAUUCAAAAUGGGCUAAUAUUUGAACUACAGAUCAUGCUCAAGUAUGGACUCAGAGUCUGGUGGGAAGAAAUGAUAUCACUGUCCCUUUUUCCCACUCCUCCUCACCCACCCCGGCCUGGACACUCCCUGCUUUUCACAGACAUGUGUUGAAAACAGGUGCGUCUCAGAAGCAGCUUGGCCUUUGCAAGAAUUGUUCGUGUCCUGUUUUCCCUUCUUGACCCAUAGGCACAUGGAUUUAGUUUUCUAGGACAGAGGAUAAAUUGACAUUUCUAGCCAUACUCUCAGGUCCUCUGGGGGAUGUUUGUGAAAGAAAUUAGAGCUGUGUAGUGUGCCAUGAAACAGUAAAACCUACCUGGGAAUCAUUCAUCAGGGGGGACUCGAGGUAAUCAUGAGGGCAGAUGACAUUUGUAUCUCGGUCUACCAGAACUGUAGCAGUGAGUUUAACUUGCUAGGCAUUUCCUAGAAGCAGCUGCUUCUAAGUUGUGAUAGCAUUCUCACCAGUGAAACCAUGCACAUAAUGGGACAGAGAUGUGGAAAUGGGUGGCUUCCUUCUGAUAACAGAAACAAUGGACCAUGUUGCUUCUAUAUCACUCUAGUAGGGGAUGUAAUUUUCCCUUCUAAGCAAGGGAAAGGGCAGUGCUAAAUAGUUUUAUAACUUUUUGAAUGAGAAGCUUUUAGGUAAAGACAAACUGUCAGAUAAUAUUUUUCAGAUGCAUAUAUGUUGACUGGGGAAAAGAUUGUGAAAAAAGUUACAGUCAUGGUUUUUGUUUUUGUUUUUAAUUUUAAAGACUUGAGAAAUUCUGUUAUUUGGAGUGACUAUAAAAAACACAUACUUAGUUUUAUACUAAAUCUUUUUUUAAGGUCUUGGCAUUUAAUAUAAAGCAAAUCCAUGCAUUUUCUAACUUUCCACAAGUUCUAAAAAGGGAAGAAAGAAACCUCAGUCUUGAAAUUUUGGUUUUUAAAAAUCAUGACACUGUUUUAUCAUGAAAUCGAGUAGCUAACUUUUGGUAACACCUUUUGUUUAUUUGUAUGUUUGUAAUAAUGGACAUUUUAAAACACAGGAAUGUGUUGGUUUGUACAGACUUUGACAAAUGUGUGUUAAUAAAAAUUCAUAU